ACUCUGUAUGGGUCAACAUUCUUCAGUGCUUCCAGAUCCACGUAUGCUAACCUCAUUGAGUAACUAUCAUAGCUCUCGCGAAGAUGCCCGCAUCUUUCGCGGCUGGUUCUUGUUACCGGCUGCCAUGAAAUGAUCUCACUAGUUUGACUAUUUGAAUGCCUAACAUCAAAACUGUCGAUACGUUUCUCUGCAUCUUUCCCCGACCAACUGCUUCUUUCUUCGUUUUCAUAAGCACAAACACGAGCCUAGAAUUACUGAAUCGGCGUGGAGUUGAGAUGAAUUCACCAAAUCGGUCUUGGUUUUCAGAAUUCCGUUCUCUCCUUCAUCAUGUAGAAGACGGAGUUUUUCGCAAGGAUAGCAGUUCGCCUGCGAGUCAAUGGGUGAUAUCUGCUAAACUAUGGGGUUACGAAACAGCAAUAUUCCUUCUACCGAGCUUUCUUCAACCAAGGGUCUCUCAGGAAGACAACCACGAAAAGCCCCAAGAAGGUCAUAGAAACCGGUCUACAUCCUCUUUAGAUGGCCUACGUGGCUACGCUGCAUUCGCAGUGAUGAAUUUUCAUAUUUUAUAUGCCUAUCAGUCUUUUGUUUUCUACGGAUACGGCUUGUCCCCUCAUGAUGCUGCAUAUUGCGAGAGAGAGGGCGAUUCGCAAAAUCACCAUGACCGUUGGUUCCACCAACUCCCCGUCAUACGCUUAGUGUAUAACGGAACGUGGGCAAUAUCGGCCUUCUUUGUUAUCUCGGGCUUCGCCUUGUCGUACAAGUCUCUCAAAGUCAGUCGUGACAGCACCUCUAGUCUCACCAAGGCAGCUACCGCGACAACCUCGAGUCUUUUCCGCCGCCCAUUUCGCCUCCUCUUGCCACCUCUCUUUGCCUCUUUAGUAACGGCACUUCUCAUUUCGCUCGGGGCUUAUGAGCAUGGGCGACGGAUCUCAACAGACCCUUCCUGGGUACCCAUAAUUGAAGAGGAACACCGCGCACGCCAGUCCUCGAUUGGCGCACAGAUUUAUGAUUGGGCAGGCCAGUCCUGGAAGAUGUUCAAUAUUUUUUGGUGGGGAGAUCUCCGGAACCAUUACGACGAACAUCUCUGGACAAUCCCUACAGAGUUGCGAUGCUCUCUUGCCAUAUUCCUUGUCACCCCCUUAUAUACACGUAUGCGACGUUUACCGCGGCGUCUUGUCAUGAUCGUGUUGAUACUCUAUGUGUACUCCCUAGACCGGUGGGAUGUAUCCUUAUUCUAUUCCGGCUUGCUUAUUGCAGACACCGCAUUGGAUCGGGAGUUCUCUGAGAACGGGGAUGGUGAUACUUCCGACGUUGCACUAGGGUCACUCAAUCGUUCUACUAACAGGAAUGGUGUUUCCUGGCAGCUGUCUGGCAAGUUUUUCACUGCUGGAAAGCUUAUCAUCCUCUAUUUCAGUCUUCAUCUUCUCAGCGCGCCUGAUUUCUGUAUCGACUAUACGCCAGGCUAUAGCGUAUUUGGCAAUCUCAUCCCGGCUUCAGACCCCGCACCGUUUCGCUUUUGGCCUAACAUCGGAGGGAUAAUUCUCGUAUACCUCAUUGCACAUACAUUACCUUCGAACUUGUUAAUCCAGUGGCUUCUGAAUUCCUCUAUACCUCAGUAUCUUGGAAGAAUUAGUUACAGUCUAUAUAUCAUUCACGGCCCCAUGAUCCAUACAGCAGGAUAUGCUUUAUUCCCUCAGCUCUGGACUAUAACUGGGAGAGAAGAGACGUGGAGAUACGUUUUAGGAUUUGCAACGGCAUACAUAGUCUUCAUUGCUCUGAUUGUAUGGCUUGCUGAUGUUUUCUGCCGGGCCAUCGACGAGCCAUGCGUUCGAUUGGCUAGACGAAUAGAGCUCGCAGUGCUUAUAUAGGCAUACUGACUAGGAAUAAGUCGAGCUUGACAUAUCAAUUUAGUACUAGCUGUAUGAGAAAUAUGAAGUUUUCGGAAUUCUGGCACACUCAGUGGAAAAUUUAUCCUACCAUUAGACUUGCACGUCUAACGACGUUGUUUUGAUAAAGUGCGACAAAUGCAAAUAGA